AUGUCCUCCAUGCUCGGCCUCUCGCCCAGCACAGCUGGCGUGACGCUAUUGGCGCUGGGGAACGGAGCGCCUGACGUGUUUUCAUCUCUAGCGGCGAUCGUUGGGGGAAACCCGAAAGUGGGGCUUGGAGCAGUAGUUAGUGCAGGCGCAUUCGUCACGUGUUUCGUGGUGGGCUGUGUGGCAGUUGCAGCUGCACCCUUCCCCGUGCGGCCACGUCCCUUCCUGCGUGACUCGUGCCUCUUUGCAACAGGCGUGCUGCUACUGCUCCUCAUAUACCUCUCAGGCCACGUGUACCUCUGGCAGGCAGCCGGCCUCGUAGCCUUUUAUAUCUGCUUCGUGGCCGUGGCUAUCGUGUCGAAUGUGUGGGAGCCGCCAGACCCAAUCCAUCCACAUGCCCAUGGUCAUGCACACGGUCAUGCCCAUUCGCCCAUGGAGGAUAAAAAAAGCACUGCCAUCACACAUGACACCCCUGUGACGCGAUACAAGAGUCAUUUGGUGCAACAGCCGGGAGGUGACACGGAUGAUGAGCCUCCGCAUCAGCAUCAGCAUCAGCAGCAGAAUGUGCAGCAUCUCCCCCAGCAGCAGCCAUUGCUGCCAUUGUUCCGAUCCUCAUCGCCUCUCGCUCACCACCACCACGGCAUUCGCAAGCCACCUCAGCAUGUCCUUGUGCAUGUCUCUCGAUUCUGGCGUCCGGCCCUCUGGACCCUCACCUCCUGGCUUGAAAAGCUGCGAGCGUGCCUGCACGCCGUCUUUGACCCGCUGCGCCUGGCCACCAUCCCAUCCAUCGACCCCUCUGCAUGGGACAUCCGAUACGCCACUGCCAACGUCUCCGUUCAUUCGUGCUCAUUCAAAGCUCCCUCUGCGCUGCAGCUUACCUCCUCGCCACCCGAGCCUCAAGCCCCAUAG